GGCAAAGGUUUAGACAAGAUACAGAUACAAAGAUGCUUCAAAGUGUAUAACUGCAAUUACGAUCACUAUCCCACUGCAAGCCUAAAAGAGUUACUGCAAUCGUUACAUAUUGUUUCCAAUGACUAUGAUUCGCUAUUUGAGUUCGAGCACUUCCAAACCGCCGCUAAUGAGUUAAAAGAGCUCUUAGUCCUUUGGUCGGAAUAUAAUAAAGACGUCGACGCAAAUUUGCCGUUAUUUACUAGUACACAAGUUCGGGAACACAUUGACAACUUUACUUUGUACGAUAAGGACAAUAAUGGUAUUCUCGAUUAUUGGGAAUUCGAACCGGUCGGCAAUCUUUACUUCCCCAUAUACAAACCAAUAACCAUUUUCAAGAGAUAUUCCGAUCUCUACUUUACGCCUGAAUGUCUGGAAUUUGCACCUGUCAUCAAACGUCGCAAGGCAGGAGCUGAUGGAGAUGACAUUUUGAAUAAAACAUAUUCAAUGAGCACUGCUAUGUUCUUGAACAUGAAAUAUUUUUUAAUUUUUGGUAAAAAAAAUAACAUUAAAAAAGUGUCAACGAGUGUGGCAAUGGAAGAAACAAAUGAAAUGCCAACAAAUCUAACAAAUGUCAUGGCAAAUCUAAAUGUGACAACUGAAGAAACAAAUUUACGGCGCAAUCGUGGAAGUCGUCUUCCGUUUUUUGGAUGUUGUGGGAAUCCUUAAAGAAGUAUUGCAAGAAAACUGAAAUACUAAAGACGAAAAUAUUAUUAUUAAUUUUCAAUUUUGCUAAAAUUUUUAUUACUGUUCCAUUUAAAAUAUUUUGUCAGAAACUUGUAGCUUGAAUCGUUUUUUAAAUAUGGAAA